AUUGUUAUAUUUUGAACAUACAUACAUAGAUCACCUGGUUUUGUUAGUUGUAUGUACGUACGUGUUUCUUAGCUUGAAGUGCCUAUCUAGUACGUGUUGGUGAGGGGAAUGGAGAAAGGUGGUGAUGGGAGGAAGAAAAUGGCAGUUUUGGUGGGGUGCAAUUAUGAGGGGACACAGUACAAGCUGCACGGAUGCCACAAUGAUGUGUUGUCGAUGAGAGAUGUGCUGAUUAAGCGGUUUGGGUUUGAUUGUAGUUGCAUUCAACUCAUCAUGGAUAAACCAGGCAGCCCUGUGAUGCCCACUGCCUCCAACAUCAAGUCUGCGCUUGGGCGGAUGGUGGAUCAGGCCCAGCCGGGGGACGUUCUGUUCUUCCAUUUUAGCGGCCAUGGCACGCUCAUUGCCAAGCACCAUCACCGUGAAGAAGCCAUUGUUGCUCUCGACUUCAAUCUCAUCACUAGCACGGACUUUAGGGAAAUCGUGAACCGCGUGGCGGAAGGCGCUAUAUUCACUAUCCUCUCCGAUUCCUGUCACAGCGGAGGGCUGAUAGACAAGGAGAAAGAGCAGAUUGGGCCGGCGCAUAUCCCUGCGCCCAUCAACGUUUCUCCAUCUACAAAAACCCAUUCUAAAUUCAUCCCUUUCCACUCACUACUCCUGCACCACCUCUCAUCCUUAACCAACAUAAACAAUAUUAACAAUACUACUACAGCAGACGACAACGACAUCACGAGCAGCCUAAGCUUCGGGGAGGCGCUGAAGGCGGACGAGGGGAUUCUGCUGAGCGGGUGUCAAGCGGACGAGGUAUCGCAGGACAUAGUCGAAGACAGCCCCGAGGGAAGAGCGUAUGGUGCAUUUAGCAAUGCAGUGCAGAGUGUGCUGAGAGAGCAUUCGGAGCCUCUCAGCAACAAAGAGUUGGUGUUGAUGGCUAGAAGGGUUCUGGAAAUGAAGCAUUUGGGGAAGCAGCACCCUUGCCUAUAUUGUAGUGAUCAAAAUGCUGUUGCACCAUUCUUAGCCCAAUCUGAAACCAAGCUUCCCAUACAAUUCACCUAAUUACUAUUUUAUCUAUUGUGUGAGACCGUCUCACGGGUAUUUGAUUAAUGAAGUCUGACUCAUUAAUCAAAGAUCUGAUCUGUCUCACGAAUUGAGACCCGUGAGACGAAGUGCUACCCUUAUCUAUAUAUUUAUAUAUAUGUUAAUUACUCUCAAUUAAGCAUAAUUCUUGUAUGAUGUUUUGAAUAAGACCCACUUGUUAUAGUUUGAAAAAUGUUUGUUAUGCUUGUAGGCGAGGUUAUGUGAUCUCCCCUUCCCAGUGUCAUUAACAAAUUUGUAAUGAAUAAACAAAUAUUAUUGCUACUA